CAAUGCCAAGUUUCUGGAAUAUAUUAACAACAAGUUUAGCGAUCAUGUAUGCCUCUUCACCGAUGCCUCAGUAUCGACAAGACAUCCAUCAGUGGGGUAUGGCAUUUAUUCCUCCACCCUCUCAAUUAAUAUGAAUGGUAGACUUCCUAACCAUUGGUCCAUCUUCCUUGCAGAAAUAUAUGCAAUUAGUGUAGCAGUGGAUCUAGUAAUAUCCAAAAAGAUACCAAAAACACUUAUAGUAACUGACUCGCUUAGUGCACUAGAAUACAUAAAAUCUGGGAAGUUUGAUUCCAAUGUAGAUAUAAACACUGUGGACAUGCUGGAGAAGUUUUGGGAGGCCAAAAAUUUAGAUCUGAGAAUAGCAUGUUUGUGGGUGCCAAGUCACUCAAGCAUCCAUGGUAAUGACAUGGCAGAUAGAUUGGCUAAUGAAGGUAGAUUGAUCUCCACUCCCCAAACACUAGUAGCAGGACCUAAUGAACUGUGGCCUGCCUAUAGAAGACAAUUGAAAACACUAUGGUGUAGGGACUUUGGCGAGUUGGGUAAACUUAAAGGUCCAACCUAGACUCCGCAGCCCCAGGAAUCAUCCCACAAUAUCAGAAAGAGAGGAUUAAAGCAUCACAUAUUACAGACUUUGGGUACAUAGCAUCAUUGCUGAGCCCAGUUCCCCCCUGGUUGGAGCAAGGGGCUUAUUGCUAUCCAGUGUGGGGUUUUUGUGAAAGAAGAAAGA